AUGGGUUGGGUAGGCGCAGGUGUGCUUAUUGCAACAAUAGGCUACUUUCUCUACCGGUACCCUCCCAGCAGCUGGGCCGAACCUCGUUACUCUUCCCCGGAACCCAACCCCGGCGCGCCGGUUGCCGCUGCCACCGCAAACGAGCCUGUGCAGCGGAAGCAUGGCUCCCGGCCCUCGACGCCAUCAAUAGAGACAGAGGAGGAGGAUUCACAGCACACACCCAAGGCUUCGGCUUCGAGCGUGCCGUCCCCCGUCGCUGCAGUCCCCACAUUCAGCCUAGACAGCGGCGAGAGCGAGACAUCGCAACCCGCCACAAUGCCGUCCAUUUCGCAAACCAUGAAUGGAACAGCAAAGCAACUAUCUUCGACAAACAGUGAUCAUGACGAACCAAAGAUCAAGCCGCCACCGCAGCCAUCCCUCGCACCCCCUCCAAAACCACAACCACAACCAUCAUCUAUACCCCCGAAGGCAACAACCACCGGCGCCUCUUCCCUAAUGCCUCCUCCCCCACGGCCCCGACCAGCAAACCAAGCAAACCGCCUCACCCCCACAAGCACGCUCCAACCCCCACGACUCAGCGGCAACUCCCUGGGCCCGCCACCAUCAGCAGCCGCCUCACAGCGCGGCCUUGGCCCACCGAGCAGCGGCAGCCGUCUUAGCAGCAGCACCCUCGCCCCGACACAAGUAUCCUUGAAGAAGUCAUCAUCACGCAAAAACAACCUCCGCGGCAAAGGCCUUCCCCCAGGCCUGUUGCGAGUCACACCGUCAAUGCUGAAGGAGCAGAACGGACGUAAGGGUCGGGAUGCCUGGACUUCGUACUUCGGCAAGGUGUAUAACAUCUCGCCCUACGCCCCUUACCAUCCAGGUGGGAAGGGUGAGCUCCUCCGUGGUGCGGGGAAGGACUCUGCGCAGCUGUUCCAGGAAAUCCACCCGUGGGUCAACUGGGAGGGGAUUCUUGGCGAGUGUCUGGUCGGGAUUCUGGUUUCGGAGAAUGAUAUCCAGACCGAGAAUGCUCUGGAUGCGAUGGACUGA